UACUUAUGUCUACAUUUAUAUCUAUGACACUCGAGUACGUGCCAUUUCAGAGUCAGGAGUGAGAGAACCGGAGACAAGAAAAGACCGAAUAAAACACAAUGGCUGGAUUAAAACUGGCUAACAUUUAUGUGUUUUUGAUACUAAUGCUGCCAUUAGCAGCAGCAGGAACUCACUCCCACCUGUCUGUCAGGAUUGGAAAUGAAAUCACGUUGGCUUGUCAAAACAGAGAAGACUUUAAUAAAAGCUGUAACAGUACUACCUGGCUCUUUGGUGCUUCCCGAAGUUUCAUAACAGUGCCGCUGUUUGAACAUGGAAAGAUUCACAGUGACGCCAGAUCUAAGUCAGGCAGACUGAGUGUCACAGAAAACUGUUCUCUGGUUAUAAAGAAAGUCACAUCACUGGAUGACGGUCGUUACACCUGUAGACAGUUCAUAUCAGGAAAACAAGUUUCAGACUUCACAGUUUUUCUGUCUGUUUUUAACACACAAGAAACUCCGCCAUCCAGUUUCACCACCACCGUCAGACCGAAAGUCCUUUUCCAAGCAAAGGACUCAGCAAGCACAAGAACAACAGCAUCGCCAACAACUACAGCAAAAUGCAAAUCAGAAGGAUCUACAUCAAGCGCAACAACUACUCAAGCACCCACAACAGCAGUUGUAACAACAUCACCCUCAACAAGAGUCAUCAACAGUAAAACAACUAUAACAACAACCAAAACUAAAUCACCCAUGAGAACAACCUUUACUAAAUCAGUUACAACAACAACCACAGUUGAAUCCCCAACGACAAAAAAUACAACUACAUCGAUUGUAAUAAGAACCAAAGCUAUAUCCCUGGGGACAACAACAAUAACUACAUCAAAUACAACAGUGACCACAAUUAAAUCACCUACGAAAACAACCACAUUUAAUUCAACUACAACAAUAACCUCAACUAAAUCAAACACGGCAACAAAUACGACAGAAUCAACUACAACAACAACUACAAUUAAAUCUGCUCAAGCAGCUCAAGAAUGCCCAAAUGUAGUUCAGUCCAACAUCAUGUUGAUCGUUGUAGCCGGUGGGUUUGCAGUACUCUUUAUAAUGUUGGCAAUCGUCAUAUGGAAAAUAAGUAAACUGAAAAAAUCACAGACGAGUGGCAACAUUGAAAUGAGCACAAACAACUGCAAUGUACCAGGAACCACUCAAGAAAGGGUUCACAGUAAACGUCAGGAAGGUGAUGUGGCGACCAACAGGAGAGUCAGAGUUUCCUACGCCUCUUCUGCAGCUUCCAAUGAUAGCAGCAGCAUCUACGCCACCAUGAAAAGAAUCUAAUGGGCCAGAAUUCAAA